UUCGACAAUUUUCUAAUUCCGUCUUUUUAAAGCACCCAUUCUACUAUUAUUUUGUACCGUAUCUGUAUCAGCCAGACGAACGAUAGACCGCGUUUCGCUAGGCAUUUGCUCGUUUCCCGUUUCAACCAAAUUCAAAUUCGGACCUUUUAUUUUCACGGUAGCGAUAGUACUUGCAUGAAUAUAAUAUGGCCGCACAAAUUUUGAUGAUGCAUGUGGUAUGCUCGAUUGUUCGUUAUGAUGAAUAGUUACUGUUGUGCUGGAGUUUUGCUUCGGUGAUUUUUGAAUUAUUCAUAAGUUGUCAAGGUUCAUGUUACAUCGCAAGAUUUCAUCGGCAUGUACCGAAUUAUUAGAUAAACGUGUUAAAGAGCGCGUGAGAUAUGACAAGUCAUAACUCUUCGUUUACACAGAGGUACAAACCCUACAUUUUUGACCAGUACCGACAACCUGAGGGUGGCCAGCAAUGGGAACCGGCCCCGGAAAGCAUCCCACCUAUGGUUCCUGCCCGAGGAAUAAAAAAAAACUUACAAAGCGAUACGUCCCCUCUAACCCGUAGCGAAGACGCCCCCUGGAUAGCUCCUGGUGAGAUUCCAAUCAAUAAAAUGGAUAAUAAUCUCAUGCAUGACACCAACUUACUGUUAAGAACCGAAAAUAACAUGAACAUCAAAAAUGAAGAUUUGCACGAUAGACGUGAUGUGAAUACUAAUUGCCUGAUAACCCCCCUGAGACUCAAUCCCAAAUAUAGCCACAUGCCAUGGUUCCAUGGUAAAAUCUCUAGAGAAGAAGCUGAACGGGUGUUACAUCCACGAACUGAUGGCUUAUUCCUCAUAAGAGAGUCCACCAACUUUCCAGGGGACUACACACUAUGUGUAUGUUUCCAGAAUAAGGUAGAACAUUAUAGAAUUAAAACUCAAGAUGGAAAGCACACUAUUGACGAUGAAGAAUUUUUCGAUAACCUAGAAAAGUUAAUACAACAUUAUAAAAUGGAUGCCGAUGGACUGUGCACACAACUCGUCAAGCCACUACACGUGGACGAUUUAUGUAUAAUUCCCGAACAAGAGUUAGAAAUUUGCGAGUCUAUUGGAAAAGGUGAAUUCGGCGAGGUCAUGUUAGGAAAAUGGAAAAAGAAUAAAGUUGCGGUGAAAGUUUUGAAAGAUUCCAGCGAGGCUGAGGCAAUACUUAUGAAAUCUCUACACCACGAAAAUCUCGUCAAUUUGUUAGGUAUUGUACGGAAAAAAGAUCUCUUAUAUUUAGUUACCGAAUUUAUGAGCAAAGGAAAUUUAGUCGACUAUUUGAGGUCAAGAGGAAGAUUACACGUUACCAAAAGAGAUCAGAUAAACUUCGCCACCGACACAAGUGCAGGCAUGGAGUAUCUCGAGAAGAUGCAUGUGGUUCACAGGGAUUUAGCAGCGAGGAAUGUGUUGAUUGCAGAGAAUGGAAUGGCGAAAGUUUCGGAUUUCGGUCUCGCCAGGGUAGAUUUUUAUGCGGGUUCUGAAUCUGCAAAACUACCUAUCAAGUGGACCGCGCCGGAAGCUCUUAAAUAUAACAAAUUCUCAAACAAGUCUGACAUGUGGAGUUUUGGUAUAUUACUAUGGGAGAUAUAUUCUUUUGGUAGGGUUCCUUAUCCGAGAAUACCCCUCGUUGAUGUGGUAAAACACGUCGAAAAGGGAUAUAAAAUGGAAGCUCCAGAAGGUUGCCCUCCUGAAGUUUACGAAAUGAUGAGGCAGGCUUGGGAUUUGAACCCUGAUAAUAGGCCAACGUUCCACACAGUUAAAGGUCAGUUAACUAUUCUGAAGCAACAAACUUUAUGACUUUGAAAGUGUUAAAUGUGAAAGUGAAGAAACACUUGAAUCGUGGUAUGAUUGAUCUUCUCUAUCAAUAGUUCAUUGAAGUGAAAAUGGUUAGUAUAAGAAAAUCAUCUGUUUAGAUACUCCGCUCUAGAAUGAAGUUUUCUAAAUUUUAUUGAAUAUUGCUGAUGUUUCUGAAACAUGUCCUCAUUCAGUGCGAGAUAAAUACUCAAAUUUGAAAACUCUUAUUCAAUAUUGUGAAGUACAAAAGUCACAGAAGAUACUGAACUAUUCGAUGUACUGUUACUGUGAUUGAUGAGUUUUCUAUUCAAAGUACAAAAUAUCUACUUUUUAAUGAUACUUUUUUAUUUGUUAUUGACAAACAAGUACAAAUUUGAUGAUAAUCAUGAAAUUUGAAUAUGUACAAUCAUGAUUCAAUGAGUGAAUAAUCUAUUACUUAAUCAUUUCAUUGUAUAAUAUAUUUAUAUAAAUUUUAUAAUUCUACCAUUUAAAACAAUGUUGAAUAUGGAAUUGUAUUUUGUUGUUGAAAGAAUUUUUUUGAAGCAUCAGCAAUUCGAAAUUUUUUUUUAACAUGACAUAUUGUCAUUAAAAUUAAUACACCGUUAUUAAAGUGGACUCAUAAACAUAAUAUAAGUAAUUUCAUUAUUGAAAUAUCAAAUCACCUAGAAGAAAGCCUCAAGUUGUAAUUUCUUAGGUAUAAGAAUAACUCAAACUGUCCAUUUCACUUUGCUGUAGUUCAGAGCUUAUAUGCUAUUCCUUUAUUAAAGGACUAAAUUUUUAUUUCAUACAUCUCAAAGAAUUCAACACAAACUUGGAAACCUAAAAUCUUUUGUUAAUAUUGAAAAAAAGAUGAAAAAUUUAAUUUUCUUUCAAAAUUAUUAAAAUCAAAAAAAACUUUUGAUAUAUCUAUGGUGUUCAGUAUUUAGCCUAGUGUAAUUUAAUAUUGAUUUUUGAUGUAGAAUGUUUGGGGUCACAAACGAUAUUCAUUGAAGAACACAAAUUUAAGAAUUAUUGGUUGAAUUGUCGUCAAAUGUAUUAAUACUAUUCAAUAGAUCAACUAGAUUUUUAUAUCGAAUUUCUGUUUCUUAAAAUGAAAGAAGUAUACUGUAAUUUUGUCAUGAAUCCACAACAAGUAAGUCUGAACCAAUGGGAAUACAUAAGGAAAAUGUAAUUUUUUGUUGUUAUAUAUCAGCCUUAGUGUGGUUCAGAAUAGGUCAAAACUGACGGAACUGGCGCAGAUACCGUUUGCCAAUUUUUAACAAGGUACUGUGCUUGUAUGUGACCGUUCUGAACCACUCUGCUAAUAAACAGCUAUUGUGUUUAUUGUAAAUUGUUUUGUACAUUCAAUUUUUAAGAGAGUAUUUUUCGAAUAGUUUUAUUUAUAUUUUUGACCUUGAGAUUUAUUUAACUGUGUGACUCUCUUUGCUACUGUAUCUAAGCUGUUGUCUUUUUUCAUUAAAAUAAAAUAAUAUAUUCCUUGAAUUCUUCAA